CACACAUUCGGUAACUCUGGGUUAUUUCUGACACGUUUCUACUCUACACCAAACCUUCCCGACCACUUUGAGGAGUUGGUGCGUAAAUCUCGUCGGCUCUCAUGGGACUGAGGCAUUCGUCGCGGUGUUUGCUGCUGCGGCGGAAGAUGGCGGAGGCGGACAGCUCGGAGCGGCAGCAGCCUGUGACGGCCCCACUCUCUCAAUCCGCUCAGCCCUCCCCGCUGCCUAAACCAGUGCCUACCACUCACCACAUGUCCUGCGUCCCCCACACGCCUCAUGUAGCAGCCUUGUCCACCUGUCCCAGUAGGGGCAAGAUCGCCAAGUUCCUCAGCCCCGAGGAAAUGACAUCACGGGACUACUACUUUGACUCUUACGCCCACUUUGGCAUCCAUGAGGAGAUGCUGAAAGACGAGGUGCGGACGCUGACCUACCGGAACGCCAUGUACCACAACAAGCACGUGUUCAAGGACAAAAUCGUCCUGGACGUUGGGAGUGGAACGGGGAUCCUCUCCAUGUUCGCUGCCAACGCCGGUGCCAAACACGUGUACGGGAUAGAAUGUUCAAGUAUAUCUGAAUACUCCGAGAAGAUCAUCAAGUCGAAUCACCUGCACAAUGUCAUCACCAUCUUCAAGGGCAAGGUGGAGGAGGUGGAGCUCCCCGUGGAGAAGGUGGACAUCAUCAUCUCCGAGUGGAUGGGCUACUGCCUCUUCUACGAGUCCAUGCUCAACACCGUCAUAUUUGCCAGGGACAAGUGGCUGAAACCCGGAGGCCUGAUGUUCCCUGACCGGGCCGCUCUCUAUGUCGUCGCCAUCGAAGACAGGCAGUACAAGGAUUUCAAGAUUCACUGGUGGGAAAACGUGUACGGAUUCGACAUGAGCUGCAUUCGCAACGUGGCCAUCAGAGAGCCUCUGGUGGAUGUGGUAGAUACCAAGCAGGUGGUGACCAACUCCUGCCUCCUGAAGGAAGUGGACAUCUACACUGUGAAGCCAGAGGACCUGUCCUUCACCUCAGCCUUCUGUCUGCAGAUUCAACGCAAUGAUUACGUCCACGCCCUGGUCACUUACUUCAACAUCGAGUUCACCAAGUGUCACAAGAAGACAGGAUUUUCCACCGCUCCAGAUGCUCCCAGCACUCACUGGAAGCAGACGGUGUUUUACUUGGAGGACUACUUAACUGUCAAGAAGGGAGAGGAGAUCUUUGGCAGCAUCACCGUCCGGCCCAAUGAGAAGAAUGUGCGUGACCUGGAGUUCACCCUCGAGCUGGACUUCAAAGGACAACUCUGCGAGGCCGCCAUCUCCCACGACUAUAAAAUGCGUUAGGAACAACAACGACAACCACGACGACAGCAGCGGUGGCGGCGCUCUGGCGUGGACGUUCCCGCAGCCCCUCUGGACACAUCUGGAGAGGGGGGAGGGGCACAGGCUCCCAGACAAGAAUCCCGGCUGGUUAACGAGGGUAACCCCCGACACAUCUGAUUGGAUGCCACUAUGCCAGCACCUAAGCGAUGUCAUCAGAAUAGGCAAGUCUCUUAUCAGCAAUAGUUCCAUCACGUGAACCAACUCGAUCGACCCGGGAACAUCGUUGAAUGUAACCUCUGAAAUGAACUUGAUUUCUUUUU